UUUUCACCAUUUUCUGAUAUAUUAAAGACCAAACAACUAAUCGAUCAUGAGACUAGGGUUCAUUAGGGUUCAUUAGGGUUACGUGUACAAGUAAUUGGGCCCGCCUAUCUCCCCCACAGGGAGGAAGUGUCGAGCUGAUGUGAGCGCGCAUGCUCGGACUGGGCGGGCCAAACGCUGCUGGUCACCCACACAACUGGGCAAACUUUUUCACAACUGUAGUAAAGUUGACCAAGAGGCUGCUGCCCACUGGUAAAAAACUAAAGAGCCGUGAACAUUUUGUACAGUUUCUUAUAUUCAAAUAUUUAUUCUGACCGCUGUUGCGGUGGAAACGCUUGGUCUUGUGCGUAAAAUCCAUUUUUAAACCCAUCAGACUGAUCGUUUUUUUUUUUUUUGGAGGUAACUUAUCCACAACACAUUACCACGAAGAUGGGACGUCUCCUCUGAGCAAGGCUUGUUUGGCGGAUUUGAGAUGGUGGCUUUGUAGCACCACAGGUUCCUGUAAAUACUCCAAAGAAAUCAACUGGCCCGUGUGUAGUCUCAGCGGAGAGCCAGCCAACCAUGGGUCCCCUCACUACACCUAAAAAAGGAAGGGAAGUAGGCUCUGUCGACCCCUGGACGCCGACCUCCAACCUUAAAAUGCUCAUCAGCGCUGCUAGUCCUGACAUCAGGAACAGAGAGAAGGAGCUGUGCACUGACACGGACGGACGGGAAGGUCCCGACUCUAUGCAGGACACUGAAAAUGGAGAAGAGUCAGAGAAGAUGAUCAGCAGAAAAGAGAAGAGUUUGGGUUUACUCUGUCAUAAAUUCCUCGCCCGCUAUCCAGAUUACCCAAACCCUGCCCUCAACAACGACAUCUGCCUGGACGAUGUGGCCACUGAGCUCAACGUGGAGCGCCGGCGGAUUUACGACAUCAUGAACGUGCUGGAGAGCCUGCACAUGGUGAGCCGCUCGGCGAAGAACCGCUACACGUGGCACGGCAGGACCAAACUGGCUCAGACUCUGGCCAUUCUGAAGCAGGUGGGCGAGGAACACAGGUACGGACAGCAGAUGCAGCAGAUCCGGCACCGUCUCCUGGACAAGGAGUUCGACUUUGACGGGGAGGAGAAGGAGAACGAGGUGGUGGUGGACUUGGAGAACGGCGAACAGGGACAGAAGGAGCUCUUCUUCGUGGAGCUUCCUGGAGUAGAGUUCAAAGGAGCCUCCGUUAACAGUCGGAAGGACAAAUCUCUGCGGGUGAUGAGCCAGAAGUUCGUCAUGCUCUUCCUGGUGUCUAAUCCUCGUGUGGUCAGUUUGGACGUAGCCGCCAAAAUCCUGAUCGGAGAGGACCAGGGCGCGGAUCAAGACAAGAACAAGUUCAAGACCAAAGUGCGGCGGCUGUACGAUAUAGCCAACGUGCUGCGGAGCCUGAAACUGAUUGAGAAAGUCCACGUGACGGAAGAGAGGGGGAGGAAACCGGCGUUUGAAUGGGUCGGCCCCGAAGAAUUCCCAGAAGUCAAAGACUUAGAGAGCUCCACAUCCAAGUGUCCACCCACCAAGAAGACAAGCGUACUGGAGUUGCGUCCCUCUGUAGACAACUGUGCCAAAAACCUCUUUCCAUCAACGGGGGCUAAACGCAGCUUCACCCGACACCCCUCCCUCAUAAAGCUGGCUAAGAGCAUUCAGGACGACCGGCGCAAGAUCAACUCCGCACCCAGCAGUCCUGUCAAGAGUUCACUCAGUGACUCGUCAAACACUGACUUCCCAAACAAGAUGGCUCAACUUGCUGCUAUUUGUAAGAUCGAACUUGACCAGGAGUCAGCGACUGGAGACGAAGAUCCAAAUCCUGCUCCCACUGAGCCGCGCACAGCUGCCGAGCAGCUGGAGCCGACCGCUUCCAGCUCAAUGGAACCACCUCAGAAACCGUUACUAACUCCGACGCAAGAGCUGCGAGUCAACACUACUGUCCACCUCACCCCUCACGCCCAGCUGCCGGCCCAGCCGCCGGGCACCGUCGCCUACAUCCCCGCGCAGUGUUCACCCCUGAUCCCCGUCCUGUUACCUCAGCAGCAGGGGAGCGGUCCCUACGCCGUGUUUUUACGCUCCUCCUCCCUCAGGCCGAACCCUCUGGCCAGGCCGCAGCCCACCAGCCUCGCCGUACGCUCCAUGACCUUCGAGGAUAAGACUGGGCGGAGCCCGACGGCCCAGUCGGCCGCAAAGAGCCAGUCGGCCUCCAGGGCGCCGGACGUCAGCCCCUUGGUGCUCAAACGGCUGUGUUCUGAUUCAGCGUCAGAGAGCAGCCCCUCUAAAGCCAAGAGGACGGACUCCAACUUCAAGGACACUUCCCCGAAGCUGUGCGAGAUCCUGCAGGCUCGUCUGAAGGCCCGUCGCGGCGGUCAGCUCUCCAGUCGGCCCUCGCCUCGCGCCCUCCACCUGGACCCCGAGUUCGUCAACACCCCCGCCGUAGGCGCCGUAGCCCAUCAGCCUCUAGAGCAGAGCUUGGAGACGUUCCUGGACAGGGAAGACAAGACGGCGAACUCCGACAGCGAGGCGGGACUGACGCCGGUCAGAGACGUCCCGCUCACGCCGGGACAACUCCACACCGAGACUUUAGUGCCAGCUGGAUACCUGAUCCCAAUCUCCCAGCAAUCCCUUAUCGGCUACAAGGAAAUACAAGCUUCAGGUGGAGAAAACAACAAAGCUUCAACUCCCACUUACAACAUCUUCCAAACACCAACUGCAGGCUCCAGACCUCCACCAGCCCAGGAGAUUACACCCACCGGCCUUCGUCUUCACAAACCCCCUGCUGCUGCCGCCGCCGCCACCGCCUCGCCCCACGCCGCCCAGCAGGCCCACCGCCUCCACAGCCCCAGCCCCGCCAUCCUCAACUUCACCCUGCAGAACCUGGGCCUGAUCUCGGGCUCCAGCCCGGUAAACGCUUUCACGGCCCCCCAGACUCCAGAACACGCCAACACUCUGGCCAGUCCGCUGGCUCUGCAGCAGAGAGGGAUGGUUUUCAUCAAACCGCUGUCGCCUGUGCCGGUCCAGCAGUCUGUGCCCCCGCAUCCGGUGGCCCUCAUCAGUGUACAACAGCCUGUGAUGACCACCCCUAAAGGGACGGGGCUCCCCCAGCACAGCUUCUUCCACACGCCGGUCCCCCUCUCGCCUCUUGCUACCGUGGUAACCAGCGGCGGACACCCGGCCACCAAAACUGUUUACAUCCCUCAGAGGAGGCUGGACGUCAACACUGAGGACUCCUGAAAGCCUUGAAGGAACCCCCCCCUUCCCCCCCCUGAUGAUUGUGUACAUUAUAUGAGUGUAUGGGUAUUGUUUGUGUCUUGUGGGCGGGUGUCUCGUGAUUAGCGUUUUCUAGGAUUCAUUACCUCUGAACAUUUCGCAGCAGUCUCACUGCCAUCGUUCUUAUCACGGCCUCGGGGCUAAAAAUAGCCGCCGCACGGACCAGAGCUGCGGCACGGUGGACACACGGAAAUUAGGUUUCACAACAAGUUCACCAGAGACUCAUGAACACUACUGUCCUGCUCGUGGUGAUGCUGGUGGAAAGUGUUUCCCCCAGAGAUGAAUUUGAUUUCCAGAGAACAAACCAAACAGUUGUUUUUCUUAACAGGGUUUUUUAUUUUAAUUUUAUUUUUAGUUAUAUUUGCUGAUGUGGGUGAUGUGAGCACCAAAAUGUUUUAUUAUUCAAAUUACCAAGAUUAGUUAACGUCACAUCAACGCCAUAAAGAAAAAACACACCGAAGUUAGAUGGACGUUUUUGACUGAAAGUUAAAUUUGAUUGGAAAAAUUACCGACUGAUCAUUUUGUCUCUAAGUAAAAAAACUUUUGCACAUAUGUAAAUGUUAUCUGUUACCCCUUUUUUUU